AUGAUUGGAUACUGUGGAAGUGGAUACAACGGAAUGCAGAUCCAGAACAACCCAGACGUUAAGACUAUCGAGGCAGAAAUUUUCAAAGCAUUUAUUGAGUCUGGUGCCGUUUCAAAGGAGAACUCCACCGAUUUAAAGAAGAAUGGCUUCAUGAGAGCUGCCAGAACUGACAAGGGAGUCCACGCUGCUGGUAAUGUUGUCUCGUGCAAGUUGAUUCUUGAGGACGAAGAUAUCAUGGCCAAAAUCAACAGCCAUCUUCCGGACCAGAUCCGUGUAUGGGGAAUUGAGCGUGUGAACAGAUCUUUCGACUGUAGAAAGUUGUGCUCGUCUAGAAUUUACGAAUACUUGUUACCUACUCACAGUUUGCUCCCUCCUCGUCCCAAGAGCAGCUUAUACAACUUAAUUGAGGCAAGCAGAAUAGAGCAUCCAGGAAUUCUUAGAGAUGACCCUGAUGUCGAAUGGUGGAGCACGACCAGAGAGAGGAUCGUCGAGACUGGCGUGACACAGGAAGAGUUGGAGCAGGUAUUUGAAAAGACUGCUGAAGUGACCGAAGACACCAAGAAGGAGUACUAUGGAGAAGACGGAGAGGUGACAGAAUGGGGUAAGCUUGUCAAAAAAAUCAGAGGCGUGGAAAACGAAUGUAGAAGAGACUACAGAGUGAGCAAGGAGAAGCUUGAAUUGUUCCGUUCUGCCAUGAAACAGUAUGAGGGAUCCCACAACUUCCACAACUUCACUCUUGGUAAAACCUACAAGGACCCCAGUGCUAGAAGAUUCAUGAAAGGAACUUCGGUCUCUGAACCAUUCACCAUUGAAGGCACCGAGUGGAUUUCUAUCAAGAUCCAUGGUCAGUCUUUCAUGUUGCAUCAAAUUAGAAAGAUGAUAUGUAUGGCUUCUUUGGUAGUGAGAACCGGAUGUCCUAUCACUCGUAUUAGUGACUGUUUUGGUCCUGCCAAAAUCAACAUUCCUAAGGCUCCAGCUUUGGGUCUUUUGUUGGAAUGUCCAGUGUACGAAACUUACAACGAGAAGUUGGAGGACAUGGGUUACAACAAACUUGAUUUCUCUCGUUACAACACUGAGAUGGAUGCCUUCAAGAUGAAAUAUAUCUACGACAAGAUUUACGGAGAGGAGAUCAAGGAGAAUGUUUACCAUGGAUUCUUUGAAUUCUUGGAUACCUUUAAGGGAUCUGGAGCCACGAAAGAAGGCAAGCAUAUUUUCGACUUUUUAGGAGCCGCCUUCAACAACGGCCUCGAGAACAAAGAGACCGUUAAAGGCGACGUCCCUGCUAAGGCGGCAGACAAUAUCGAUUAG